CUGACAGCACCGUGUAGUCUGGGAUCAGAGCGGACAGCGCCGGAUCGCGGAGCGGACCCCGGAGCCUCUGGAUCCCAGCAGCUCGUAGCUCUUCGCCUCGUCCGGCCCGUGGGAUCCCGGGGGCUGCAGAGACUUUACCCGUUUUGAAGGCCCGUGACCAAGACCAAAGGCUCUCACCCCGCCUGCUGCCCACACCUGUGCCCUGACCAGCCAUGAACCCCCCAGAGGCACCCGCACAAACAGAGAUGGUCGAACUGGUGCCCAACGGCAAACACGUGGAGGGGCUGUGCCCCGUGGCCCUGUCUGCCGUCGGGACUGAAAGGUGUGAGGGUGGAAGACCCAGCCAUGGGGAAGCAGAGGGGUUUCUGCCCCAAAAUGCCAGCAAAGAGACCCACUUCACAGAUUUUGAAGGGAAAACUUCAUUCGGGAUGUCUGUGUUUAACCUGAGCAACGCCAUCAUGGGCAGCGGCAUCCUGGGACUGGCAUACGCCAUGGCCAACACCGGCAUCCUGCUCUUCCUAUUCCUCCUCACCUGUGUGGCCCUGCUCUCCAGCUAUUCCAUCCACUUGCUGCUCAAGUCUUCAGGGAUUGUAGGGAUCCGGGCCUAUGAGCAGCUGGGCUUUCGGGCCUUUGGGACACCGGGGAAGCUGAUGGCGGCCAUAGCGAUCACCCUGCAGAACAUUGGAGCCAUGUCCAGCUACCUGUACAUCGUGAAAUCUGAAGUGCCCCUGGUCAUCCAGACCUUCCUCAAUCUACCGGAGAAAACCUCGGAUUGGUACAUGAAUGGGAAUUACCUGGUGAUCCUGGUCUCAAUCACUAUCAUCCUGCCCUUGGCUUUGAUGAGGCAGCUGGGCUACCUGGGCUACUCCAGCGGCUUCUCCCUCAGCUGCAUGGUGUUCUUCCUGAUUGCAGUCAUCUACAAGAAGUUCCAGAUCCCGUGCCCUCUGUCUACGUUCUCCACCAACAUCACAGGCAAUACCAGCCACAUGCAGAUCGUCAUGAAGGAUUCCGUGGGUGGGGACCCCCUCAUCCAGGCCUCCAACACUGACAGCUGCGCCCCCAGUUUCUUUACCCUCAAUACGCAGACAGCCUACACCAUCCCAAUCAUGGCCUUCGCCUUCGUCUGCCACCCCGAAGUGCUGCCCAUCUACACCGAGCUCAGGGACCCCACCAAGCAGAAGAUGCAGCACAUCUCCAACUUGUCCAUCGCCGUCAUGUAUGUGAUGUAUUUCAUGGCUGCCCUGUUUGGCUACCUCACCUUCUAUGAUCGGGUGGAGUCGGAGCUCUUGCACACUUACAACAAAGUGGACCCCUUUGAUGUGCUGAUCCUGUGCGUCCGGGUGGCAGUGCUCACGGCCGUCACCCUCACCGUCCCCAUCGUCCUUUUCCCGGUCCGGAGGGCCAUCCAGCAGAUGCUGUUCCAGGACAAAGAGUUCAGCUGGCUUCGGCACACUCUCAUCGCCGUCAUCCUGCUGACCUGUAUCAACCUCCUGGUCAUCUUUGCCCCCAACAUCUUGGGCAUCUUUGGAAUCAUUGGUGCCACCUCUGCACCCUGCCUGAUCUUCAUUUUUCCAGCCAUCUUCUAUAUCCGAAUUGUACCCAAGGACAAAGAGCCACUGAAGUCCACUCCCAAAAUAUUGGCAAUAUGCUUCGCAGGAUUGGGUGUUCUCUUGAUGACCAUGAGCUUGAGUUUUAUCAUCAUUGACUGGAUCUCUGGAAACAGCAAGAGCGGCGGCAAUCACUAGAAGCCAUAUGGCCCGGGGUGACCCGUCACCCCCCCCACCUGUGCCAUUGCCUGCCAGGACUGCUAAGCUGCCCGGGCCCUUGGCAGGUGGGGGGAGGAGGAAGGGAGGACAUUUUUCACUCGAUGUGUGUUUUUUGUCUUUAAUUAUUAUUAUCCCUGUUGAGGAUUUUUUUUUUAAAAUAAAAAGGGGGUGGGAGUGGGGACCAGACCUUGCAGGGGGUAGAAAUGGAAAGGCUAGAACAUUGGGUUCCCUCCCCAAGGGACAGGGAGGCCUCAGAGGCCGGGCCUCUGGCAUCCUGCAUCCUCCCUUCCCUGGGGAGGGCCGAUGCCUCUCGGGACAUCCCCUGACUGUCUCCAGCGCUGACUGCCGUCCGGGAGAGGCAGGGCUCAGCAGGGGGCAGCUCCCGUGCUUGGAGAGAAUCUAGUGACCGUCAGCAAGAAGGGGCCAAACCCUCCUCACGCUCCCGACCCCUGUGUUCCCAGGCCACCUCGUGUCUGCUGGACAGAGGCAACUUCUGCCCUGUCACUAAGUCCCUCCCCCUUCCACGUAGGGCCUAGAAACCGAUUUGUGGGGAUGAGAGGAGAUUAUUAAUGUCCAAAGACUUUUUCCUGGCCCUGUUGAUUCUUAUCAUGGGGCCUGAGGAGAAUCCUAUUUGUGGGAUUCUGAGGUCCAGCCCUCGGCAGACAGGGCUAGGAAAAGGUCCGUCACCUCUGGCCAACACCCCAGGCAGGCAGUUCCAUCCUUUCUGGAAAGGGGAGACUUGGAGCUCACUUGAGCUGUCCUGGUACCCCCUCAAUGGGAAUUCCACGGGAUGGGAAAGACUUCCUGCUCUCAGACAGGAAAAGGAGAACCAAGAGACAGGGGAAUUGGUGGGAGCCUUGCUCCCUUAGAAGAAGCAAGGGCAGGUCCUGCCUUCUGCACCGACCCUGACCUCUCCCUUCCCCAAGAAGGCUCGUCUGUGCUCUUCCUGGGGGAGCACCACCGCUAACCUCCAAGACUUGGAGGGGGGCCCUGGAGACCCCAGCAAGAGCUUCCCACUGUCGUGGAUACUGUUUCUCCCUCCCCAGUCAAUGCUGCUCUCCAUUGGUAGCAUGGGGUCUGAGGCAUAAGAUCUUCUUCCCCAUUUCAGGAAAAUUGUGGUCUCUGCUGUACCUCAACACAGGCUGGGUAAGCCAGGCGCCCGCCUGUCCCCCAUCUCACUUGGCUCUUGGGGCUCGGGGUGACAGCCACCCCCCCCACAGCUGCCCUGCCAACAUCCCAAUUCUGACCAGUUAGGAGUAAGGGGAGCUGAAGGUCUGUCUGUGGCUGAGGUUAAUAAUCGUGGGGGAGGGGGUAGCUAAGGGACCUACUGCCCGAGAACACCCUUCUGUCUAUUCUGGGUGCAUCCCCGGGGGUAUGACUUGGUGGCUCCUCAGACCUGGCCAGGCUCUGGCCACGGAUCGGCCCCUCGGCCCAGGUGCAGGAGGCCCCAGCAGGGAUGGAGGAGUCUGGGAAGCGAGGAGAGCUUUGCAUUCUCAGAGCCAUCCCGCUCCCCGGGACACACACUUUUCCCAUUCUGGGUCUGUUCCAUCCUGGGGGGAGAGUACCCGCCUGGUCUUUAGCUGGGAGGGGGUAAGAUGAAAACGUUCGGUGCCAACCCCUUCCAAAGGCAUCGGAAGCAGCAUAGAGAGAGGAAAGGCCUUCAGGGUGGGAGCUGGCAGCCUGCGGCCGGAAGCCCCCUUCCCUCCCACCUCCCCAAUCUGGGAGUGGGCUGAGCCAACGUGAGGUGCAUUUCCCUAGAGUUCAGGACUAGCCUUGUGAGCCAAGCUCUGGCUUCUGAGAAACUCGGGCCAUGGGGAAGCUUCCCCAACAGGGAGGUGGGAAACAUUGUGGGGAGGGAGCUCCCUCCCACUGCUCCCCCAGGCCCCGGAAGGCCCGAGGGGUUGGCUCCCUGCUGAGUGGCCAUGAGAGGGACCAGUGUCCUCUCUCACAGGUUGCAUUUUCAAUCCCCUAUCCAAGUGCGCUCCAAACUUGGAAAGACUGAAAUCCAGCCCCCACUGACACACCAGAGACCUUCUUAAGAACAAUAAAAGUCGGCGAAAACUGAGACUCAA